AUGUCUAGUAAUAGUCGUUGUAAUGCUAUUCCUUUCGUCUUUGUGGAUGGUGUGUUGGUUGAAGGGGUAGACAAUGUUCGGUCAGCAGUGUUUCAACAUUUUUCUUCUCAUUACAAAGCUCAUACUGCUAACCAUCCUAGUAUGGAGGGUUUACAAUUCCGUUCCUUAUCUGUUUGCGAAGGGACUGCGUUAACAAAACCUUUCUCUUUGGAGGAGGUGAAGGUGGCCGUUUGGGAUUGCGAUGACUUCAAAAGUCCGGGACCUGAUGGCAUUUCUUUUCGGUUUGUUAAAGAGUUUUGGGAUCUGCUGAAGAGUGAUGUGUUGCGUUAUUUGGUGGAAUUUCACAGGAAUGUUCGUCAGAUUCUAGAUGGAAUUUUGGUGGCCAAUAAGGUUGUUGAUGAUGCAAGGAAACGUAAUAAAGAAUUAUUACUUUUCAAGGUUGAUUUUGACAAAGCAUAUGAUUCCAUUGAUUGGAGUUACUUGGAUUUAGUGAUGGUGAAAAUGAAUUUUCCGACUCUUUGGCGUAAGUGGAUUAAGGAGUGUGUGGGGACGGCCACAGCUUCAGUGUUGGUGGGCAGCCAUGAGCCGGUGGUGGUGUCUCAUCUUCAGUUUGCGGAUGAUACAAUUAUCUUAUGCGAAAAAUCUUGGGCUAAUGUCAGAGCUUUGCGGGCCAUCUUAUUGCUUUUUGAGGAUCUCUCUGGUCUUAAGCCGCUUAUUGAUCGAAUAAAUUCUAGACUGUCGGGUUGGAAGUCGAGACACUUGUCCUUGGGUGGCCGUUUGGUUUUACUGAAAUAUGUCCUGUCAUCACUCCCUGUUUAUGCUCUUUCUUUUUUAAGGCUCCGUCAGGAGGUUGGAGGAUUGGGGGUAAGGAGAAUAAAAGAAAUUAAUUUGGCAUUGCUAGGGAAGUGGUGUUGGCGGAUGUUGGUGGAGAAGGAUAGUUUGUGGUUUAGGGUGUUGGCAGCUAGGAAUGGUUUAGAGAACGGAAGGUUGAGGGUUGGAGGUCGUGAUAGUUCUUUGUGGUGGAGGAAUGUUGCGAGUUUGAGAUCGAACGGGUGGUUUUCUAGUAAUAUUUCUCGCUCCUUGGGUGAUGGAAAAGAUACCAAGUUUUGGUCGGAUGUUUGGGUGGGUGAGGUGUCGUUAAGGGCUAGAUUUUAUAGGUUAUUUGAGUUGUCGUUGUUGAAGGAUGAAUCUGUGGCGGUGAUGAAAGAGUUAGGGUGGGGGGUGGAUGGAGGGGCGUGGAGGUGGAGACGUAGGUUGUUUGUGUGGGAGGAGGAGUCGGUGGAAGAGCUUAUUAUUUUACUUCAAAAUGUGACUUUACAGGUUCAUAGAGAGGAUCAAUGGAUAUGGAAGCCAGACUUGUCUUCAAUGUAUUAA